CUUCGGGCAGUAGGAUGAUCCUCUCGCUCACCCGAAUAGUGAAACUUGGGCCUCUCAGUUCCACUUGCCAAUCCAUGACACGUCCUGUUUAAUUCCUUCUUUUUUCAUAUCACAGUCUUCAACGUCAACGCCAAGUUGCAAGUAGACUUCUCUUUUAUGCUCAUGAGGCUCUCCUAUCAUCUAUUCUUUCUCUCCCUCUAGCUUUCUCCAUGGAGGCAAGUUCCUUCUUGUCCUUCUGUCUGGUGCUUCUUUUAGGCAUCAACGCGGCAGGCUUGUCUCAACAGGGCGUCCGGCAUCUGCCAAUGCGCCUCUUUGUGUUUGGAGACUCCGCCGUCGACACAGGGAACACAGGGAAAACCUCUACCCAAGCGUGGAGACCUCCUUACGGAAGCACUUUCCCCGGAAAACCGUCUGGCAGGUUCUCGGAUGGCCGGCUUCUGACUGAUUUUAUCGCGGCCUAUCUAGGAAUACCGUCUCCUACUCCUUACAAAGCGAGACGUGCCGGUGGCGGUCGGCAGCGAUACGGUAUGAAUUUCGCUUAUGCCGGAACAGGUGUGUUCGACACAUUUGUUAUGCUGCCCAACUUAACAACACAGAUCGGUUUCUUUGAGCAACUUAUCAAUGGAGGCACGUAUCGGUCGUCCGACCUGCGAUCAUCUAUGGCGCUCGUCUCGGCUUCCACCAAUGACUACACUUUUUAUGUGUUGAGAAAAGGGACGGUUGAGGUAUUGAAUGAGUUCAUAGGGUUGGUGGUGAACGAGACUGCCGUGGACCUGCGGCGCCUGAGUCGACUGGGCGUGGGGAAGAUAGCCAUCCUGGGUCUCUUCCCAUUUGGCUGCUUUCCGGUCGUCAGGCAGCUUCUGGCCUCGGCUCCCUCGACUUGCGAUGACCUUUUUAACCGCUAUUCCUCUCAACACAACAGCCUGCUGCGCAAAGCCGUUGACGAGAUCAAUGCCGAGCUUGGCCGUCCAUCGCACGUCGUUGUGCUUGAUACCUACAGUGCUGCAAAUUUCAUAAUACAUCAUCACGAUGAGUUGGGACCAAGGUUUAACGAUCCACUGGAGCCAUGUUGCGUGGGCCUGAGCGCCGGCAGCGAAUGCGGGAGCGUCGACGCUCAAGGGAAGCCACUGUACAGGGUGUGUAGGAGCUCAGGCUCCGCCUUCUUCUGGGACAAUGUGCACCCAACACAGGCUGGAUGGACUGCUUUGGUCCGCUACUUCCUCCCAACUCUUGAUCGCUUCUUCUCUUAAUGAGGAGCUAGGCCGCCGGCGCCGGGUGUGGUGGUCUAAACUGGAAGCCGUCUAAACCCAAAGCAAUAAAAGCCCGUCACUCAUGACUUUGUUUUAAUUGUGCGCUGCAACUUUUCAUCAUUAAUCUAGCUGCUGGAAAGUGAGGCCGAUAUUUGACUCGUCUCCA